ACACGUAAACACCAAAAAAGUCGCCCCCAAAAAACCGGCCAUACACGUUAACACAACAACACACCGAAUACACACUACACUACGUUUUCAUACUGUAUUUUCAUGUGCGUUGAUUUAUUUACAGGAUUGAAUCACGAAAUAGUUUGAUGCGGCCUUGGCGAGUGCGAGUUUGACUGUUCUCCCCCUUGCUUGGGAUAUAGUGCAGCGUGCUGCAAAAAGCAAUACAGCAGUGACCCCAAGUGUCUGAGUUAUAUUUCAAGUCUCUCCUUCCGCACCACUGCUGUGAUUGUGAGUUUUAAUUUGAUCAUUUUAAUAACAUCAAAAUGAGUCAAAUGGCGUACCAUUGGGAGGCAAGAUUCCGCCAGCGUCAAAUGGACAAGACGCACGCAUUUAAACAACGAGAGGCUGAGAAAGAGGCUGCUGAAGAAGCAGCAAAGGCCGAGUUGGCAGCUCGCCAUGCGAGGGAGAGACAAGAUCUAGAUGAUGCUCGAAAAAGAGCUCUGGAUGAACAAAUCCGAACAAGAGAUAAGAGUGGAAUGAAGAAGUCUUACAAGGAAAGAGAACAACAACUUCAGCGCUUGAUGCAGGAGCGUCGUUGGCACAAUGAGAUGAUAGGGAGGAUGGAGAAAGAUGACAAAGAGCGUCUGUAUACAGAUGCCAUGAAAGAUCAUAAGAGUAAAGCUAAGGUGUUACGAGACCAUGGGCUAUAUCGUGGAGACGCAACCUUCUUUCUUGACCCUGAGUACUCUUAAGAGGUUCCUGCAUCAAGCAGGACAGAUAAUUCUAAGAUGAAUCUUGUUGGGGAUGGGUGUCAAAGAUAGAUUUUUUUAGCCGGUAUGAUCAACAUUAUGUUAACAAACAACAGCUGAUACGCAGUGUUAGACUCCACAAGAUAUAAUUCCAUAUAAUUUGUGCUAACGGUGUGCCGAUAAAUAUUCAAGACUUUCAUGAAGUGAUGUGUUCUGUAGUCUUUUGAAUUUGUGUGAAAUGAUACUCUUGUUUUGUGGUAAACCACAAUUUUAGCACUGUAACUCACAAAGUGUUCCAGUCUUGAUUUUGAUUUUGUUUGUUGUAACUCACGACUGUAAAUUAAAAAACUAUUGAGUAUUGUU